GUUGAAAUCAGGUCAUGUAUCGACCCCAAAGACAUGAAUGCCUAAACGCGUAGGUAUAGGUGUCUCCGAGAUCCCGCAAUCCAGACUUAUAGGGACGGAGCACACAAGUUAUGCCCGACAAUUCAGUUACUCUGCGACGCAUCCUGUCUCUCCGGCAGCCUGUAUCAACAUAGUGGCAAGCAUGACCGAGCCAAAGAUCCUCGCCCGAGCGUGUCGCACGUGUCGGCACCGCAAGACCAAGUGCGAUAUCCAGAAGCCCCGGUGUGGGUCCUGCAUGGCACAUAACCGCCAGUGUGUCUAUUCCAUAGAGCCCCCUAAGAAAAGGCCGUCAAAUAUGUUGAUGAAUGCUCUAUUAGAGGAGAAAUUGACACUAGAGAGGUGUUUGGUCCAGCUUAAGUUAGCAACCCCAGAGGAACGUGACAAGAGGUUGGGAGCUAUUAUUGUCACCAAUGGAAAGGUAGACCUAUCUAGUUGCGCCGUCCCGGAGGCACAAGGUGGUCAAGCAGAUGUCGAACAGCCCCAUAAUCCCCACUCCAAGGGUUCGAAGGACAAUGAGGGGCAUCGGGAGACAGUUGGAUCAGAAGAUGACAGCUACCAACCCUCCAAUUAUCUUUCAGUCGACGAACGUGGAGAGGUCAAGGUUUACGGUCCCACGUCCGCGCUACACGGGUUGAGCCCCGACAACCCUAUGCAUCGGAGGAGCAGUCAGACCAAUGAGCCGCUCCGCCAUCAGCUCAUUGCCAACUCGUUACUAGAGCGGCAGAAGGAGUACCGCCUUUUGCAAAUGACCACCAUUGGUGAUGAGCCAGCCGAACUGGCGAUGCAUCUCCUCGACCUGCACUGGAAUCGGCAACAUCACACCUUCCUCCUAACAUAUCGACCGGCCAUCAUGCGGGAUCUGGUCACCGGCGGACCCCACUGCUCGCCCUUCCUCCUCAAUGCCAUCUUUGCCUGCGUGAGCAAGUUUUCGGACCGUCUAGAGGUGCGAGAUAUUGUGUCUGACCCAGAGACCAUUGGCCGGCGCUUCUUUACGCGGUGCGAAAACCUGCUCGCGAGCGAAUCCCUCCUCGGCACUUCAAGCAUUCCAACCAUUGUAGGGCUUCUCCUCCUUGGCUCAACAUUUAAUGCCCGGGGAAUGGCCUCAAAGGGUUGGCUGUAUACGGGCUACGCGUUGCGAAUGGUGUACGAUCUCGGUCUGCAUCUCGACUGCAAAGCUGUGGGUGGCAACGCCGAAGACGUCGAAAUCCGCCGACGCGUCUUUUGGGGCGCCUUCAUCUGUGACAAGCUGCAGAGCCUAUAUCUCGGUCGCCCUGUCACCUUUCAGCCCUGCGACGCACACGUUCCGCGCGACUUAUUAGAUACGAUGGAGGAGAACGAGCUCUGGACGCCUUAUGUAGACCCCAAAUCCCCCAAUAACCCGUCCAUGCCGCCGGUCGUGCCGACGCCGAUUCACUCCAUCUCCACCUUCCAACAGCUUUGCCUGCUCUCUAAGAUUAUGGCCAAAAUUAUCAACCUAUUCUAUGUCGUCGGCGCCACAGCCGACAACGCGCGCGCCCACUUACAAGGCGUCGAUGAUGCCCUCUCCGGCUGGUACGCCUCCCUCCCCCCACACCUUGUCUUCGAGCCCUGGGCUAAAGACCCACCCUCAUCCUCUCCAUCCCCCUCGCCAAACAUUAUGAUCCUACUCACUACGUACAACUCACUCGUGAUCCUUCUACAUCGGCCCUUCGUCUUUGGCCACCUACGACAGUCGUCGAUUCCCGCCAUGUCCUGGAAACGCUGCACUACAGCUGCGCGCAACAUAACCUCCAUCGCCUCGACGUACCAGGAGAAAUACACAAUGCGGCGUGCGCCAUACCUUCUAAGCUACACUGUGUAUGUGGCGUGCACAAUUCACACGCGGAACACGAUUGCGUCCGAAGGCACGCGAAGUGAGGAAAAUUUGAGUGCGCUGUUUGCGAGUUUGCGGUGCUUAGAUGAGUUGACGGUGCCGAAUUCGGGGGUGUUAAGCCCAGUAGGUAAUAUCAGGAGGCUGAUGGCGGCGAAUGGCAUUCCGAAUAUCCUUGAUAAUACGUGGGACGUGCAGACGCCCAACUCCCAGGAGCUGGAAGCUUUAUGUCAAAUGUUUCCACCCAUGUCGUCUAAUGCGGCAGAGAAUGUUAUGGGGCAGACAGGGAACAUGUACCUACCGCAUGGCUACGACGACUUUAAUGGCCUGAUGGAUAUGUAUAUGCCGAGCUUUAAUGGCGUGCUACUAGAUGCUGAGAAUAGUGGUAGGCAUGAGGCUGCGGGUUAAACUUUUUAUAUUUUUUUAUUCGAAUUCCAAUCUAAAAUCAGUGUGCGGCGAAUCACCCCCCGAAUACUAUUCGGCGAUCCGCCGAAUCAUUCAUAUUUUUGAGGUAUUCGCCGAAUCAUGACUCGAAUCUGAUUCGAGUCAUGAUUCGAAUCUUUGAGGCUGAAAUAGAGUGUAUGGAAUAUUGAAAACUACGAAAAAUAUUUAACUAUGCCUAAC